UGCUAAAUAGAUUGUUUCAUUGUGAUGCUUGCACUGUAUCUCACUCUGAAAAAUUUCUAAUCAAUUUUGUGCAAAUUAAUGUGUAAUGCAUGAUAUGUUUCUCAGGCCUUUGGGCAGCAAGCUGGAGCGUCAGAUGAUUUUCAAGAAUUUUGUCCUGAAGAAAAAGGAGUUAAAAAGAAAUUUAGUAUGGAUGAUGCAUUAGAGGACAGAAUUUGUGAUCUCUAUGACCUUUUUGUUGAUGGGCUGGAUGAAGAUGCGGGUCCACAAAUUAGAAAGUUAUAUGGAGAGCUUGCAGAAUUGUGGCCAGUUGGUUUCAUGGACAAUCAUGGGAUCAAAAGAGCGAUUUGUAGGGCUAAAGAUAGGCGGAGGGCACUGUACGGUAGACAUAAGGAUCAGGAGAAAAUCAAAAGGAAGAAAAUGUUGGCACGUAGAAUGGACGAGACUGUUCGAGUCGAAGGUAAUUCAAUUGCUCAGCCACAGUCUAUGCGUGAGCGCACAUCUACUGAAACUGGUAGUCAUGGUUUAACUUCAGCAACCAGGCCGGUUACUAGUUCGCCGGCAGCAGUCAGGAUGCACAGUCCCUCAUCCAAUGGUCCGAUUAUGUUGGACAGAAUGAAACAAGAGAAACAAAAGGGAACCUCAAGCAAUCCGGUGGAUGAUACAAGGGUAUUAUCAGAUGGAGGAAUGGUGAAGAAGAAGGUAAAGCGGAAGCCAGAACUGGACUUAAACGAAAGCCUUUUGCGUCCAGAGAAAUUACCUUCUCAACAGGGAGAGGAGAGACACAAGUCCCUCAAGCAGGCUGCUGCUACAGCAGGUCUUCCCCAAAAAUCAAAUCUUCAGUCAUCUUCUGCGCCUCCAAACGUUGAACAGUCAAGCUGACAUGAUAUCUUAAUUAGCUCAAUUUAGGAAGUUUACACCCUAAAAAUCGUUUUUUGCACACGAGUUUUUUUUUUUUUUUUUCUUUUAAUGAUGGGCGUCAUUCAUUCUGGCCAACUGAUUUUUACGAUUUUUGUAAUUAUAUAUGUUCUUUAAUGGCGCCUUGUGGAUUAAAGAUUUAUCUUCAAUAGAGAUAGCAGCGAGCUAUGAUUUUCUUGUGCUCGUUGUUGUUGUUGUAACUAUA